UAAUUGAAUUGAAUCAACUGUAUUGUUCCACAGAGGGGACAUUUGGAUUUGACCCCAGCAUAAAAUGGGCAUACAUCAGCACACAUCCAACGGCUAAUACAGUUGCAGCAGCCCUAUUGGGAGUAGUCUGACCGGGGAGGGAGUGACUCCAGCAUGGCUUGGUGUGGCUGUGUUAUUCAGGCUGGAAGGCAGAGCUCCUCCACACCGAAGGAGACUAUUGUUCUUUUGUUCCUGCUUGAGGAAACAGCAGAGCAUGCUGGUUAUUAUUGGUAGCCAAGAUCAGCUGUGUGUGUGUUCAACCUAUGUGUGUGUGCGCAGCUGGACUCGUGUGCUGCUCUCCUCCGCUCUCUGUGUCGAGUGUAUAUACUCUUAGGUGUGUGUGUAUGUGAAAGAGUGUAUAGGGCUAUGUUCAGUACAUUUCAUUCCUGUGUACGGUGCAUGGACUGGCACAUGACGUUGAAAGCCUUGACGGCUUAUAUGUGGGGGACUGUGUGUGUGGUGUGUGUGUGUGUGUGUGUGUGUGUGUGUGCGCACACGAGUGCAUGAGGGUUUUGUGUGCGUCACAGCGACGUCUCAGAUUCCUGCCUUUGUGUCCAGAUACCAUUCCACAUGGGCACGCCGCUCAUUCCACUCUCCCCAGCCCCUCUCUCUACCCUCACUGAGGUUUGUCACAGCCCAGUAGACGGGACGGCAGUUAGACUACCUAGCUAGCUACCUAAACGGCAGUAAAAGCGUUUAGAUUAGGGAAAUGAAGCAGGCAGCAGCAGCUCAGGCUGUAGAGAGGAGGCGUGCUGUGAAAGCAUCAGGAUCAGGUUACUAUGAGCUGCUCUCCAGAGGCAUCUCAUUACGUCUACGUAUUUAAGGGCUCAGACUCUAAUCAGCUUUCCAGAACCUCUUUACUGCUGGACAGCUUUUAUUUUUGUUUUAACAGACCCUCCUUUUGCUUUCAACACUGUUUUGACUUUUGACUACUGAUUCCAAGCUUUCUUUGUGGACCAGUGUGUUAUUUGCAUGCAUUUGUUUGAAAGUUAUUUUUUAAACUGUACCAUUCAAAUGAACAAACGGCUUAAUUAUUUAUUAAUUAUUGAAUGUAAAUGUUUAAGGGUAGAGUGGAUCUGAAAACCAGUGACACACAUCUGCUAAUUAAAAUGUUAUGACCCAACUGUGGCUUUUUACAACUAUCUUAACCAAUGAUCAUGAGAAUAGAUGUUUUCUUUCACUUUAGAUUGGUUAAUUAUAUACUUCCCACAAGUCUGGAAAGUCCCCAUCUUUCUGUUGUUUACUUACUGGUAGGGUUGUGAGAUGCCCUCCAGUGUUUUGGGGGACAUCACGUUGCGGCCUGCCCCUGGCCCUAGUCUGGCUGAUCCACGAUCUAUGCUGCUAUGCUGGUGUUAGAGAGGGACUUCAAUGGAGUUAAAUGUUGCUCAGUCCGGACAACGAUGGUGUGACGGAGCAGAGUGUUGACAGCAAGGUGCUUAGAAAUGGUGACCCAACCAGGCUUCCUGGGCCACUGAGACGUGAUUCUGGGACGGGCACAGUCCCUCCCCUCAGCCUGCCUGCCCUGCGUCCUCCCCCUGUCUCCCAGACGUCUCCUCUUGAGAGAAUGACCAUCGGCCCAGACCAGCUCUACCGUCACCAUACCACUGUGUGAAUGACUCUUUGCCGAAAAGCCACCGUGCUCUGCCACCCCGUUGUUGCCAUGAAGAGCAAGUAUUCCCAGUACUACAACCGGACCCUGAUCCAUGCCUACUAUGUGUUUGCCAAGGACAUGACCUGGGAGGAGUUAGAGGAGCGCACCAACGGGAAGGCCCAGCUCAGCUCCCUCAACAUCGUCUUCGUCAUCAUCUGCAGCAUCAUCAUUCUGGAGAACUUGCUGCUGCUCAUUGCCGUGUUCCGCAACAAGAAGUUCCACACCGCCAUGUUCUUCUUCAUCGGGAACCUAGCCUUCUCCGACCUGCUGGCCGGCUCAGCCUACAUCGCCAACAUCUUCCUAUCAGGGCCGAGGACCUUUGAGUUGGUGCCGGUGCAGUGGUUCAUCCGGGAGGGCACAGCCUUUAUAGCGCUGGCCGCCUCCGUCUUCAGCCUGCUGGCCAUCGCCAUCGAGCGCUACAUCGCCAUCACCAAGGUUAGGGUUUACGGCUCUAACAGGACGUGUCGUAUGUUCCUGCUGAUCGGGACGUGCUGGGUCACCUCCAUCCUCCUGGGGGGCCUGCCCAUCAUCGGCUGGAACUGCAUCAACAACCUGCCUGAGUGCUCGGCCUUGCUGCCCCUCUAUUCCAAGAAGUACAUCCUGUUCGUGGUCACCAUCUUCAGCAUCAUCCUGCUCUCUAUCGGCAUCCUUUACGUGCGCAUCUACCUGAUCGUGCGCUCCAGCCACCAGGAGGCCACCAACUCUCCGGCCUACGCCCUGCUGAAGACAGUCACCAUCGUGCUGGGCGUCUUCAUCAUGUGCUGGCUGCCUGCCUUCACCGUCCUCCUCCUGGACACCUCCUGCCGCAGGCUGGACUGCCCCGUCCUCUCCAAGGCAGACAUCUUCUUCGGCAUCGCCAUGCUCAACUCGGCACUCAACCCACUGAUCUACACGCUACGCAGCAAGGACAUGAGAAAAGAGUUCCUGCGUGUGCUGUGCUGCUGGGGGCUGCUGACCAGCGGGCGCCCCACUGACCGAUGCCUGGUGCCCCUCAAGAGCUCCAGCUCUAUGGAGCACUGUACCAACAAACACGAACACCAGACCACGCCCAUCAUGCAGGCAGAGUGCACCACCUGUGUCUGACUCAAUGCUAUAAUCGCACAAUGUGUGUUUCUGAAUGUGAAGGUGUGUGCGUGUAUGUCUGUUAGACUUGGUGUGUGAGAGGGAUAGUGUGUGUGAUGGGGCUGUGUGCAGGUGAAGAGACUUAAAGAGGAAAGCACACCUGUGAACCCCCAUCCCCACUCCAGACCUGCCACAUAGAAGACGGUCUGUCUGUUUGUCUGGAGAGAUGUCACAACAUCGUUGACUCUCAUUACAAUCAUACCUGUGUGAAUUCACAAUCAGCAUUCAACCGAUUCCCCACAAGAGCGUGACAACACAAUCAUCCUCGAGUGAAUUCACUAUUAUUCAAUGAAUUCACAAUCAUAGCUGAGCCUUUUUUUUUUUUUAAACAAUGUUUUUAAACAUUUUCUUAGGGACUUUCACAGAGUGGAGUCACAAUCUUUGUUGAGGGAGUCUUGAUUAUAAUGAUACAUGAAUUCAUGUUCUGCAUGUCCACUUGUUUUACAUGUAUGCGGACUCUCUUAUGGAAAGCCAAAUCCACAGACACCAUAUGCAUAAUACAUAAUCGUGAUGCUGAGUUGUUGGAGUGUUUUACUGCGCCCUGAUAAUGGUAAAGCUUUCACAUAUUGCACUUUGUAGACAUGUAAGCGUUGUGUGAUUGUUUAUGGCUGUCACCCUCUUGAAAGGUUAAACCACAGACGUUUCCCUGAGUGAAUUAUAUAUGUAUCCAUACAUGCAGUACUCAUAGGCCAUUGCUCAUAUAGAGAGACGUGAGGCACCCAGGCAGUGACUUGUCCUCACUCAGUAGUGCACUCCAUGCAGGCCAAAACCCUUACAAGUACCCCUCUAAACCAGGGCUAUAUAUCCUCAUAUAUUAAUCUGCAUAGACCCCUUUGAUUAACUGCAAAAAACAAAAGUACUCUGCUUACGUAUAUUGCAUGACAUUCUAACUCCUUUGUAAGAACUAAUGUGUAUUGGUGUACUCCAGUAAGUUCAGCUUGUUCAUUAACAUUCUCUCUCUCUCUCUCUCUCCGCCCACUUAAAUCUGUCCCUCUCGCUUCUACUGUUGUCUUUUGUAACUAACGUUUCCUAAGAGGAAGGCCCAGUCAGAAAACACAUUUCCUGAAGUGAGUUGGCCCUGAUAAAUUUCACUCAAUGACAGCUACCCAGCAGCCCAUAACCAACAGGGCUGUUGUCUUAACGACGUUAUAGCAACGAAGUGGCAGAGUGUGCUUUCUGUUAUUAUUGGGCGUUGCUCCAGGGGAAUGGGCCUGAAUGUAAGUAUGAAGUGUUUGGAGCGAGACCGCUCUAUUUUUGACAGUAUUAUUGAUCAUUGACUUGUCAUUGAUGUGCAGAGAGUGGGAUUAAACAGGGUAGUUCAAUCUCACUGCGAAGUCUUAAAAACAGACCACAACAAAAUAACAGGAAUAUCACCCCCCAAGCCAGUCCAGGUAGAAUGGUUGAAAAAUAGUACAGUGUCCUGUUCAACACAGGAAGACAUGGGAUUCGUCCAGAGUAGACACAUCUCAUCUUCCCCAAUCCCAAUAAUCCCCCUCCAUAAACGAGAGAAGAUCCCGUUUAAAGGGGAGCACGGGUCUCCAUUCCCUUCACACGAGAGGUCGUCCGUCCUCUUUUACUCUCUUAGAUGCCUAAAUAAACUCUACUUCCUCUUACGACAGGAAGUCCUGUGUUUCAUGAAGCGGUUCCUGUUGUUCGGGAAGAACCUCAUCUGCCUUUGUCCAGACACACACUCACUCUCACUUGGCCACGCUUCUGGUCCUCAUCAUAUUUCCAUGCAGGUUUUUACAGCCUGCUAGUUAGACAGCGAGCCCUAGCCUGGAAUCCAAACUAAUAUGCUCUGUUACACAAUUGUUUCACUUCACAAUAAACUGAGCAUAUACAUUUAGAUUCCAGGCUAGGCCAGACCAGUAGGAAUAGUGAAAGCACUUUGGCAGAUUCCAUAUUGCCUGGGUUUCUUCAAAGACAGCGCAAACAUACCUAUCACUUCAUUCAUGUGUUGCCUAACCCUGUAUUAUUUGUAUAAAUAUAUGAAUGGCUAUGUAUGUAAGUAUGUACAGUAUGUAUGUAUGUAUGUAAGAACUGUGUUCAUGUAUGGAAUGUCUUGUGUCCAGUAGCACGAUGCCUGUGUCAAAACGGUACAGCUUAAACACUAAUAGUGGUACAUAAUUUUUUGUAUUUUUAAAUGCAUUCCUUUUUUAUAAAAUAAAUGAAAUAUCUGAAGAA